UCAAGCCACACACACGCAACGAGCGCUGAGCAACCGGAAACGUGGGAAACGUGUUACCCGUGAACUGCGACCCGUGACCCGUUACCCGUGACCCGUGACCCUGGUGAACCGUGACCCUGGUGAAACGUGACUCGUGAGUCUGCUCGGCUGCCUUUCGUAUCUGGCAUCUCAAUCGGAAUUGGUAUUGGAAUCGCGUCAUUGGAGUGACUGAUUUCGAGUUGCGUGCUUCUGUGGCAGUUCGGAGAUGCCUGCUCCUUACGUCGCGUAAGGGCAGUUACGUAAGCCGAGGACGUGCCCCCCCCCCGCGGAAAAGGACACAAACGCAACGCGCUCGAAUGCGUUACGUUGCGCAUGAGAUGGCGGCACGCAGUUCGCGCUACAUUUACUCCGACCACGGCCACCGAAUCUAGUCCGCUCUUAGGAAAAGUUAUAAGUAAUUCGAGAGCCCCACAAAUUGCGCAUGAAAUGUUGGUGGAAUACUUUAUGGCGCUGCUCGUGAUCAUGGGAUUAACCGCACCAGUCGACAAGCAGGGCCGUCGCAGCAGCCAAUACUUCGGUCACAUGGCCGCCGCCGAGGAUCUGUCCAACCUGAUACCAGAUAAUUACGAUGGACUCGAUCCACUAUUCGACAACUCCACGGAGCGGGAGAUCAUCGCCGCUCUGGGCACCACCGCCCGUCUGCACUGCCGAGUGCGUAAUCUGGGCGAUCGGGCGGUGUCCUGGAUCCGACAGCGGGAUCUCCACAUCCUGACCAUCGGCAUCAUGACCUACACUAAUGAUCAGCGUUUCCUGGCGCGCCACAUCGACAACUCCGAUGAGUGGGUGCUCAAGAUCGUUUCGGUGCAGCCAAGGGAUGCGGGCAUCUACGAGUGCCAGGUGUCCACGGAGCCCAAGAUCAGCCUGGCCUACAAGCUGAUCGUUGUGACCUCCAAGGCCCAGAUCCUGGCCAACCGCGAGCUGUUCAUCCAGAGCGGCAGUGACAUCAAUCUGACGUGCAUCGCCCCCCAGGCUCCAGGACCCUACACGCACAUGCUGUGGCACAAGGACACGGAGCUGGUGAGCGACUCCUCGCGGGGCGGCAUUCGCGUGGUGUCCGAGCAGCAGAUGAAGACCAGCAACCUGGUGAUAUCGCGUGUCCUGCACACGGACUCCGGCAAUUACACCUGCUCCGCGGACAACUCGAAUUCUGACAGCGUCUUUGUGCAUAUCAUUAAGAGUGAGCAGCACGCGGCCAUGCAGCACGAACUGGGCUCUAAGCUGGCUCUGCCCCCCCUGCCCCUGCUCCUCCUGGCGGUCCUGCUGGUUGUCCUGCUGGCCCCUUCCUCCGCCUCCGCCUCCGCC